CCGCACGCAGCACCUACGAACGUACAUACAACACCACCCGUGCCCCUCCUCCUCCUCCUCCCGUCCUCCCUCCUUCCCGCCUCUCUUCCUCUUCCCUCUCCUCGGCCACGUCGCCCCAUCAUCGCCGUGGUGAUUGACACUCACACUGCUUCUCCAGCUCAGACAUCCAUACCUCUCUCACUCCCGCUCUCAUUCUCUCUAUAUACUUGUACUUUGGUAGCUUGCCGAAUCUCUCAAUCUCUCUCUCCCCCUCGUUUUCCCCCUCCACGAUACUUCUUCGUACCUACAUCCGACAACGACAGCUCGCGGCACAAGCAGCAACACAGACACAAACAAAAACAACAUUCGACGCCCGUAUCUCACAAGCAACGUCACAGAUUCCCACCACCAUGGCGAACCUCCCCACCAACGUGCACGUCUCGUCCCACCCCUGCCUCCAGGCCAAGCUCUCCCAGCUACGCUCCCGCUCCGCCGACUCCUGCGCCGUCAAGGCCCUCGUCCACGACAUCAGCCUCCUCGUCGCCUGCGAGGCCCUGGCGCGCAACCUGACGGCGGCAACUGGCCCCAGUGAUGAGACGCCCUUGGGCUUCACGUACACCACUACCACCACCUCCCCCGAAACAAUGUGCAUCGUGCCCAUUCUCCGCUCUGGCCUCGCCAUGGUAGACGCCGUCCAAACCAUGCUCCCCGUCUCCGUCCCCAUCCACCACCUCGGCAUGUACCGCGAGCAAACCACCCUCGCCCCCGUCGAGUACUACAACAACCUCCCGAGCCGCACCUCCACCUCCAAGGAGGCCAACCCCCCGCAAACCUCCUCCUCCUCAUCAUCACCGCCCCCGCAACCGUCCUCCCUCGCCAUCAUCGUCGACCCCGUCAUCGCCACGGGCGGCACCUGCGCCGCCGCCAUCCAGACCCUGCGCGAGUGGGGCGCCCGCCGCGUCCUCGUCCUCGCCCUCCUCGGCGCAGAGGAGGGCGUCCGCAAGGCCGCCGCCGAGUGGCCCGAGGGCACCGAGCUCUGGCUCGCUGGCUUGGACGGGAGGCUCACCCCGCAGGGCAUGCUGGACCCGGGGCUGGGCGACAUUGGCGAUAGGCUGUACUUGACCAUGGGCAAGUAACUAACUACGAAGUAACUUAGAAAGGGAUGGGGAUGGGAAAUGCCGUAGUGUUCUUACACAGUUGGCUGAUGUGCGUGCUGUGGCUGGCCGGCGUGCGAUCUGAAUGACGGAAACCACUGAAUACCUACAUACAUUAAUCCUACAAGCCUCAUCUUAAAGAUCCAA